AAAAGAAAACCCGUUUCUACUUUGGACAUGACAUACUCACACCGAUAAAACAACAAUAAGCACACGCUUCACCUUUCCCCACCCUUCAUUCCAAUCCCCAAUCAACAACCAAACAAACACUCCAAUCAAACUCACCGUAAUCACCCUCCGAUGCUCGGCGCCGCCGCAGCCUCCGCCGCGGUUGCGUCCAUUCCGGCGUCCGCACUCCGUUCACCAGCUCAAUCGAGCUCAAGAAGAAAUAUUAAACCCUGCCGUGCGGUUGCUGGAAACCUAGGGCAUUUUGUACAAACUGUGAAGAAGGAUGUCGAUUUUAUUAAGAAGAAUAUUAGUGCAGGUGUUAAUUGGACGAGUAAGGUUAUUGGUUUCCCAGAGAUUUCGAAACAGGUAGAUGAAGUUGUUUGGUUAGGGAAUGUUGAGGAUCCCAAGUAUGAGUCUCCGGAUUGGCCUCAGCCUUAUUAUCCAGAACUCUCUGGCACAGAUCUGAUCAUGGCUGAUCUUAAAGCCUUGGAGGCAUGUGUACUUUAUUAUUAUCAUUUGUCUAAAAUGUGGACCAAGCCACUUCCAGAAGUUUACAAUGCUCAAGAAGCUGAUAUUUAUUUCAAAUGCCGCCCUCAUAUAGUGGCCCUUCGACUUAUUGAGGUUUUCGGAUCUUUUGCUUCAGCUGCCUUAAGAAUCAGAUUAGAAGGGAUUAAAAAGUCAAAAAACGUAAGCGGGAGUUCAGAGGUCGAUGAAUCCAAUUCCCAGUACAAAUUUGGGAUGGUGUUGAAAGAAACAAUGUUAAACCUGGGUCCGACUUUUAUCAAAGUUGGCCAGUCCCUUUCUACAAGGCCAGAUAUUAUUGGUUUUCCAAUGUCUAAGGCUCUAAGUGAGCUCCAUGAUCAAAUUCCCCCUUUCCCACGGGAUUUAGCCAUGAAAAUCAUAGAAGAAGAGUUAGGUUCCCCUGUGGAAACGUUCUUCAGUCACAUUUCAGAGGAAGCAAUAGCUGCAGCAUCUUUUGGUCAGGUCUACAAGGCAAAAACAGUAGAUGGUCAUGAUGUUGCUGUGAAAGUUCAACGACCUAAUCUACGACGCGUAGUGUUUCGGGAUAUUUAUAUCAUGCGAGUUGGGCUGGACAUAUUGCAACAAGUGGCUAAAAGGAAAAGUGAUCUACGCCUUUAUGCUGAUGAACUCGGGAAGGGGUUGGUGGGGGAAUUAGACUAUACUUUGGAGGCUGCAAAUGCUGCAGAAUUUAUGGAAGCUCAUUCCGCCUUCCCUUUUAUUCGUGUCCCGAAAGUAUUUCAACAUUUAACACAAAAGAGGGUCUUAACUAUGGAGUGGAUGUCGGGUGAGAAUCCAAAAGAAUUACUCGCCAUAUGUAGUAGCAACAAUUUAGAACAGGAGUCUCGAUAUUCAGAGAAGCAGAGAAUUGAUGCUAAGAGGCAUCUUCUUGAUAUGGUUAACAAAGGUGUUGAGGCAUGUUUAGUUCAGCUUAUUGAAACUGGCUUAUUGCAUGCUGAUCCACAUCCUGGAAACAUGCGAUAUUUACCAUCUGGGCAAAUCGGGUUUCUUGAUUUUGGAUUAAUAUGUCGGAUGGAAAAGAAACACAAGUUUGCGAUGCUUGGGUCUAUUAUUCACAUAGUAAACGGUGACUGGGCAUCUCUUGUUGGAUCCCUUGCUGAAAUGGAUGUCGUCAGGCCCGGAACUAAUCUCUCACGAGUUACCAUGGAACUAGAGACUGCCAUGGAUGAGGUGGAAUUCAAGGACGGAAUCCCUGAUGUCAGAUUUAGCAGGGUGCUGGGUACAGUGUGGUCGAUAGCCCUCAAGUAUCAUUUUCGCAUGCCGCCAUAUUAUACUCUUCUGCUACGGUCUCUUGCUUCCUUUGAAGGGUUGGCGAUGGCUGGAGAUCCAAAUUUUAAUACUUUUGAAGAUUCAUACCCGUAUGUCGUUCGUAAACUUCUCACAGAUAAUUCACCUGAUACAAGGAAGAUUCUGCACGCGGUCGUGCUAAACAAAAGAAAAGAAGUUCAAUGGAAGAAGGUUGCUUUUUUCUUGAGAGUUGGGUCAGCAAGCAAAGGAUUGCAACUGGCAUUAAAAAGUGAAGCGUCAACCGAGAUGCCCUCCGAUACGGUAUCAGAUUCAGUAAACUUAGCCCUUAAACUUCUGCUCUCAAAAGAUGGUGCGGUGGUGAGACGACUUGUGAUGACUGCUGAUGGAACUUCACUAAUCCGGGGCAUCGUUUCCAAAGAAGCACGUCCGUUUCGUCAUCAAGUUUCCAAAAUCACUGCAGAUAUGCUAUACCAAUCUAUGUGCACAGCCUUAGGCAAAACCUUCAUAGUUGCCAGAUAUGGAGCCAUUUACACAUCAUCUUCAACAUCCGCCAUUAACUACCAGUCCCUGGUCAAAAACCGUCGACUCAAAGUCAUUAUCCUCAAAAUCUUGGAAUCUGGAAGAAAAAGCCCAGUUCUGAUGGCCCGGUUAUGCUGGGUUAGCUUUGUGACACUCGUUGCAGCAUCGGCUCUGGCUUGUCACCGCUUCCUUGUUUCUUUAUCGGAGGCUUACUUGGGCCGUUUGUCAUUCAAUACAAAGAAACUUGCAGUGAGUAGCUAAUUGUUGACCAUUCUUGUAGUAUAUGUAUACAUGCAGAAUGAAGAUGACUGGGAAUAUGUGGGGUCCAGAAUUCAAAUGCUCGGGGCUAAGUGUUGCAUUUUGUGUUCUGGUCGGAAAUCCGUACCUCUGGUUAAGGUAUAGUUGUAAAGAAUGAAUAAUUAUGCAAUUAUAUAUAUUUAAUAUACAUGUGACUGGUAAAUUAUUAA